AUGGCUUGUUCGGCCUAUACCCGCGCUUUAACCUAUGUUGCUGGUGCCGCUGCUCAGCGUCCCUGGCGGGCUGCGCGCACGCACCGCGGCUCGUGGCGAACGCGUCGACAGCCGCGAGCGCACCCUCGUACAUCGACCUGCUUCGCACAGCGAACUCGGUACAGGAGCGUUCGUCUGCAGGCCCCGUCUCCCGAAAAUAACAAGAGCAACCGCGCGAACUCGCGACCUUCGACGAACCAAAAAGCGUCGUUGACGCCCAGCUUCCUGAGAGACGUCACUGAUAGCAGCUUCUUCGCGGAUGUGCCGUACCGGGAGUUCCAACAGAUAGGACGGCUCUACCGCACGGUGGACGAAUUUCUUGGCCGAAAGGAGAAUCUCUUAUUCUGGGGCUCGUGUGCGCUGCUGUUCGGAGCGUUUUCGGCUACGUCGAUCUCAACGAUCGUCGGUGCACUCGCCGAAUGGGAUCCCAUAGCUGGCGCCGUCAUCGUCUUUAUCAUGGAAUGGAUUGCUACACAGUACUAUCGCCGUCCUCGACCAAGCAAUAUCAUUCGAAUUUUGAAUGCAUACCAGGUCGGUCUGACUUUUGGGUUUAUAUUAGAUGCGCUCAAGCUCGCUGGCUAG